AUGGGGACAGUCAGCGAGCUCUGUGCCUCCAGUUUCCAGGCCUUCCUCUGCCCCUCGGUGCAGGACCCGGCGGUGCCCGUGCCCAGUGACCUGACCCCGGAGGAGUGCCAGGAGCUGGAGAACAUCCGCCGCCGCAAGCAGGAGCUGCUGGCUGACAUACAGCGGCUGAAAGAUGAGAUAGCAGAAGUGACGAAUGAGAUCGAGAACCUGGGGUCCACGGAGGAGAGGAAAAACAUGCAGAGGAACAAGCAGGUGGCCAUGGGCAGGAAGAAGUUCAACAUGGAUCCCAAGAAGGGCAUCCAGUUCCUGAUUGAAAACGAUCUGUUGAAGAACACAUGCGAGGAUAUCGCUCAGUUCCUUUACAAGGGAGAGGGCCUCAACAAGACAGCCAUCGGUGACUACCUGGGCGAGAGGGACGAGUUCAACAUCCAAGUUCUGCAUGCCUUUGUGGAGCUGCACGAGUUCACUGACCUCAACCUCGUGCAGGCCCUGCGGCAGUUCCUGUGGAGCUUCCGGCUGCCUGGGGAGGCGCAGAAGAUUGACCGGAUGAUGGAGGCCUUUGCCCAGCGGUACUGCCAGUGCAACCCCGGCGUCUUCCAGUCCACAGACACCUGCUACGUGCUCUCCUUUGCUAUCAUCAUGCUGAACACCAGCCUGCACAACCCCAACGUCAAGGACAAACCCACGGCGGAGCGCUUCAUCGCCAUGAACCGUGGCAUCAACGAUGGGGGGGACCUACCUGAGGAGCUGCUCCGGAAUCUCUAUGAAAGCAUCAAGAAUGAACCCUUCAAAAUCCCUGAGGACGAUGGCAAUGACCUCACCCACACGUUCUUCAAUCCGGACCGGGAGGGCUGGCUCCUGAAGCUAGGAGGAGGCAGGGUGAAGACGUGGAAGCGACGUUGGUUCAUCCUGACCGACAACUGCCUUUACUACUUCGAGUACACAACGGAUAAAGAGCCCCGUGGCAUCAUCCCCCUGGAGAACCUGAGCAUCCGCGAGGUGGAGGACUCGAAAAAGCCCAACUGCUUUGAGCUCUACAUCCCGGACAACAAGGACCAGGUGAUCAAGGCCUGCAAGACGGAGGCGGACGGGCGGGUGGUGGAGGGGAACCACACGGUGUACCGCAUCUCUGCCCCCACGCCCGAGGAGAAGGAGGAGUGGAUCAAGUGCAUCAAGGCAGCCAUCAGCCGGGACCCUUUCUAUGAGAUGCUGGCCGCCAGGAAGAAGAAGGUGUCCUCCACCAAGAGGCACUAG